CUCUCUCUCUCCCUAUCUUUCUCACUCUAAAAUAUAACCAUCGGUUCGAGGUAAUCGCAAGCAACCCCCCCGGCCCACCAGCAGCGCCGCCAUGAUCCGCCUCUCCUCCGCCGCCAUGAUCCGCCUCUCCUCCGCCGCCACGAUCCUCCUCGCCGGCGCCACGCUCCUCGUCCUCCUCUACGUCACCGCCGGCCGCAACGUCGCCGGGGUCGUCAUCGGGCUGCCGUCCGACCCCUCGAGGUUGUUCCGCUCCGGCGACGAUGACUCCGUCGGGACGAGGUGCGCGGUCCUGAUCGCCGGAUCCAAAGGUUACGGGAACUACCGUCACCAGGUGAAAAAGAGGACAGCUAAGGACAACACUGCAUACGGUUCCCAUGUCAUGCAAUUUGGUGACAUAGGUUUAAGUAAGGAAAAUCUCUUCCUGUACAUGGGCACAAACUCUCCUUUUGUGGAUGACAACUGCCUAAGGCCUCCUCAGAAAGGUGUUGACCUUGACCAGCAGGAUGCCAAUCUGCUUUAUUUCUGGCUUGAGUUCUUUGAAGCUCCCGAAGGCUCUUCUAGGAAACUCGAAGCGCAGAAGCAAUUUUUUGAGGCAUUGUCUCAUCGGAUGCAUAUAGAUCACAGUGUCAAACUAAUUGGAAAGCUCUUGUUUGGAAUUAAAAAGGGUCCAGAGGUGCUGAAAGCUGUUCGACCUGUGGGACAACCUUUUGUUGAUGACUGGGCUUGCCUAAAAAGUCUGGUGAGAACAUUUGAGACUCAUUGUGGAUCACUCUCUGAAUAUGGGUUGAAGUACGUGCGCUCCUUUGCAAACAUGUGCAAUGCUGGAAUCCAGACCGAGCAAAUGACCGAGGUAUCAGGCGAAGCUUGUGCUCGCAAUCCAUAUGGUCCCUGGAGCUCUCUUAGCAGGGGAUUCAGUGCAUGAGUGAAGUGGGAAUCAUUCCGAACUAAGGAUCCACUUGAGAAUAAAAAAAUAAAAAAUUUGCUCCAAAUAAAAAUUUUACCAAACAAAUUUAUAUUCCAAAUCUAUUCCCAAAAAAAAAAAUACAUAAAUUGUUAUUAUUUGGCAAAUUACUGGACACAAACUUGGAUACAAAACUAAUCACACCAGAUUUUUUUUUUCUUUUACAUGUCCCAGUCCUAUCUUGCCAUCCAUGGUAAAGCGUAAAAACAAGAAGUCUACAAAC